AUGCCCCUGCCGAAAGGCAACUCAACUUAUGAUGUGUAUGUAUCGGAAGCACCCUGUACAAACUCAAGAGUAAUUGGUUGCCUCGAUUGUACUCACGUAACAAUUGUGAGACCUAAAAUUCAUGAGGAAGCAUAUCUUAACCAUAAAGGUUUCCAUUCUAUAAACGUACAGGCAGUAUCGUCGCAUGAUUUAGAAAUUCUGAGUAUAAACGCCAGAUUUCCAGGAAGUGUACAUGAUAACUUUAUUUGGAAAAAUUCUGCCGUAAGGAAUGAAAUGAUGCGGUUAUAUGAAUCUGGAGAUCAAUCAACAUGGCUUUUGGGCGAUUCAGGCUACAGCUUGGAACCUUGGUUAAUGACACCGAUUAUAGGUGCAGCAGAAGGAAGCGCAGAAGCUCGAUACACAGAAUGUCAUUCAUCAACUAGAAAUUAUGUCGAAAGAACGUUUGGACUUCUAAAAAACGUAUGGAGAUGUCUCCUCAGUCAUCGUGUAUUGCAUUAUGCACCAGUUACAGCAUCAAAUAUAAUAACAUCUUGUGCUGUAUUGCACAAUAUCCGAUUUCGUUUUAAUCUUAUGCACAAAAAAUUCGAUAUAGAUUAA